UCUGUGUUUUUUCUUUUGUCUUUCUUUUUCUUACCCCAACCCUUCACCACAUCCUUUCCGCUCCUGAUGCUGUGGGGAACAGUAGGACCCAGCCAAAGGUGUUUGCUUACGAUCACUGCUUUUGGUCUAUGGAUGAAUCUGUCAAAGAAAAAUAUGCAGGUCAAGAUGUUGUUUUCAAGUGCCUUGGAGAGAAUAUUCUUCAGAAUGCCUUUGAAGGCUAUAAUGCUUGCAUCUUUGCCUAUGGGCAAACUGGCUCUGGAAAAUCAUACACAAUGAUGGGUACUGCUGACCAGCCUGGAUUAAUCCCUAGACUUUGCAGUGGACUCUUUGAAAGAGCACAGAAAGAGGAAAACGAAGAGCAGAGUUUCAAAGUGGAAGUAUCCUACAUGGAGAUAUACAAUGAGAAAGUCAGAGAUCUUCUUGACCCAAAAGGAAGCCGUCAGUCAUUAAAAGUUAGAGAACACAGUGUUUAUGGUCCUUACGUAGAUGGCCUAUCCAAACUAGCUGUUGCUAGCUACAAGGACAUCGAGUCCUUGAUGUCCGAGGGCAACAAAUCUCGAACAGUGGCUGCAACCAACAUGAAUGAGGAGAGCAGUCGGUCCCAUGCUGUCUUCAAGAUAAUCCUCACCCACACACUCUAUGAUGUACAAUCAGGGACAUCAGGUGAGAAGGUGGGCAAGCUGAGUCUGGUGGACUUAGCAGGUAGCGAAAGGGCGACUAAGACUGGUGCUGCAGGAGACAGGCUGAAAGAAGGAAGCAACAUUAACAAAUCCCUCACUACUCUUGGGCUGGUUAUUUCUGCCCUGGCAGAUCAGGCUGCUGGCAAGAACAAGAACAAAUUUGUUCCUUAUCGUGAUUCUGUGCUCACUUGGUUACUUAAAGAUAGCCUUGGUGGUAAUAGCAAGACUGCCAUGGUAGCAACAGUAAGCCCAGCAGCAGACAACUACGAUGAGACCCUUUCAACACUGAGGUAUGCAGAUCGGGCCAAGAACAUCGUUAAUCAUGCCGUGGUGAAUGAAGACCCCAAUGCUCGCAUUAUUCGGGAGCUCCGUGAGGAAGUGGAGAAGCUGCGAGAACAGCUCACAAAAGCAGAGGCUAUGAAAUCACCAGAAUUAAAGGAACGAUUGGAGGAAUCGGAAAAGUUGAUUCAGGAAAUGACUGUGACCUGGGAAGAAAAAUUAAGAAAAACUGAGGAGAUAGCACAGGAGCGUCAGAAACAGUUGGAAAGUCUUGGCAUAUCUCUUCAGUCUUCUGGAAUAAAAGUUGGGGAUAAUAAGUGCUUCCUGGUUAAUUUGAAUGCAGAUCCAGCUCUCAAUGAACUUCUGGUAUACUAUUUAAAGGAGCACACGUUAAUAGGCUCAGACAACUCUCAAGAUAUCCAGCUGUGUGGAAUGGGAAUUCUUCCUGAACACUGCAUUAUAGACAUCACCCCAGAAGGACAGGUUAUGUUAACACCUCAAAAAAAUACUAGGACAUUCGUAAAUGGUUCUGCUGUCGUGUGUCCUAUCCAGCUACAUCAUGGAGACAGAAUACUGUGGGGAAACAACCACUUCUUCAGGCUGAAUUUGCCAAAGAAGAAAAAGAAGGCAGAUCAGGAGGAUGAAGAGAGAGACAGCGCGAUGAAGUGCAGUAAUAGUGUUGAGCAGCUGGACAUAGAUGGAGACAAUUCCAGUGAAGUGUCUAGUGAGAUUAACUUCAGCUAUGAAUAUGCCCAGAUGGAAGUCACUAUGAAGGCACUUGGUAGUAAUGAUCCAAUGCAGUCAAUCUUGCAAAGCCUGGAGCAGCAACACGAAGAGGAGAAGAGAUCUGCCCUUGAACGACAGAGACUGAUGUAUGAACACGAACUGGAGCAACUGCGAAGGCGAUUGUCGCCAGAGAAGCAGCAUUUCCGCAGCAUGGACAGGUUCUCCUUUCAUUCCCCCAGCGCUCAGCAGCGCUUACGGCAGUGGGCGGAGGAGAGAGAAGAAAUGUUGACCCACAGCCUGAGAAAGCUACGAGAGCAGAUUGUUAAAGCCAAUUUGUAUGUGAGAGAAGCCAAUUUCAUCGGAGAGGAAUUGGACAAGAGGACAGAGUAUAAAGUUACCCUCCAGAUCCCAGCUUCAAGCCUGAAUGCUAACAGUAAGAGAGGUGCAAUUCUCAGUGAACCUGCUAUUCAGGUGAGAAGGAAAGGGAAAGGCAAACAGAUUUGGUCACUGGAAAAGCUGGAGAAUCGACUGGUAGAUAUGAGGGAUCUUUACCAGGAGUGGAAAGACUGUGAGGAAGACAACCCAGUGAUGAGAGCUUACUUCAGGCGAGCUGAUCCAUUCUACGAUGAGCAGGAAAACCACAGCCUUAUCGGAGUAGCCAAUGUUUUUCUUGAGUGCCUGUUCUAUGAUGUGAAGCUACAAUAUGCUGUUCCAAUCAUCAAUCAGAAGGGAGAGGUAUCAGGUCGUCUCCACAUUGAAGUUGUUCGAGUGAGUGGAGAGAUAGACGACAGGUUGGUUGGAGGCGAGGAUAGUCCAGACUAUUCAAAUGAAAAUGACACUCAGGAGAGAAAACUGGUCUGCCAGAUUAAAAUACUUCAGGCUACAGGUUUGCCACAGCACCUCUCCAACUUUGUGUUCUGCAAAUAUACAUUCUGGGAUCAACUGGAGCCAGUUAUCGUUGCACCUGAGGUGGAUCCUUCCUUAUCUUCCGUCAGCAAGGAGCCACGGUGCAUGGUUGUCUUCGAUCACUGCAAUGAAGUUUCUGUAAAUAUUUCUGAAGACUUCAUGGAACAUCUUUACGAUGGUGCUUUGGCAAUCGAAGUAUAUGGGCACAAGCAGAGUGGUGACCGCAAAAAUCCAGCCCUGUGGGAUUUGGGAAUAAUUCAAGCCAAAACACGCAGCCUUCGUGACAGGUGGAGUGAAGUAACCCGAAAAGUAGAACUCUGGGUUCAAAUUCUAGAGCUGAAUGAGAAUGGGGAAUACUGCCCAGUUGAGGUGACUCCUGCCAAGGACGUAUGCACAGGAGGCAUCUUCCAGCUCAGACAGGGGCAAUCUCGACGAAUUCAGGUUGAAGUGAGAUCUGUACAGGAAUCUGGGACCCUGCCACUGAUGGAGGAAUCAAUAUUAUCUGUUGGAAUUGGCUGUGUUCAAAUAAAACAUGUCAAGUCACAAAAAGUACCUGAAAAUUAUCAGGAAGAAGAGGACGAAAUGGACAGUUAUCAGGAUAGGGAUUUGGAGAGGCUCCGUCGGAAAUGGCUGUGUGCCUUAACAAAGCGUCAGGAGUAUCUUGAUCAGCAAUUACAAAAACUCGUUGGGAAGCCUGAUAAAACAGAAGAUGAUGCAGAUCGGGAGGCACAGCUUUUAGAGAUGAGGCUAACUCUCACUGAAGAAAGGAAUGCUGUGAUGGUUCCUUCUGCUGGCAGCGGGAUCCCUGGAGCUCCAGCGGAGUGGACUCCUGUGCCUGGUAUGGAAACUCACAUUCCUGUUAUUUUCCUUGACUUGAAUGCUGAUGACUUCAGUUCCCAAGAUAACCUUGAUGACCCAGAAGCGGGUGGGUGGGAUGCUACUCUUGUUGCAGAAGAGGAGGAGGAAUUCUUUGAACUGCAGAUUGUGAAGCAUCAUGAUAGUGAGGUGAAAGCAGAAGCCUCAUGGGAUUCCACAGUCCACGACUGUAUCCAGCUCAGUAAAGGAACAGCAGCAGAUGAAAGAGUUUACCUUAUUGUGAGAGCCACUGUCCAGCUCAGCCAUCCUGCAGAAAUGCAAUUAGUGUUACGCAAGCGCAUUUGUGUUAAUGUGUAUGGCAGACAGGGUUUUGCACAGAGUUUCCUCCGAAGAAUGUCUCACCGAAGUUCCGUUCCUGGCUGUGGUAUCACUUUUGAGAUAGUCUCAAAUAUUCCAGAGGAUGCUCAAGGAGCCGAAGAGCGGGAGGCACUAGCCAGAAUGGCAGCAAAUGUUGAAGAUGCAGCUUCAGCUGACUCUGAAGCCUAUAUUGAGAAGUACUUGCGGAGCGUGCUGGCUGUGGAGAACAUUCUCACCUUGGAUCGUCUGCGCCAGGAAGUUGCUGUAAAAGAGCAGCUAAUGGGAAAAGGAAAACUCUACCGCAGGAGCCUGAGCUCUCCCAAUGUGAAUCGGCUUUCUGGAAGCCGCCAAGAUUUAGCACCCCCUUAUAACCUGAGCAGUAACCGGAGUCCAAAGGUCCCAGCAGAGGGCCGAUGGGAGAGUCAGCAAGAUGUAUCCCAAGGUGCCACAAAUUCCAGUAGAGGCAUUAGUCCAUCUCGUAGCUCUCUGCCAGGCUCUGGGCAGCAAAACCACUCUCCUGAUCCAG